GGGAGCCAACGGCCGGCGCCGCGAGGCGGGAGGCGGCGCGGGAGCGCGGCGGCGGAGCCCAGCCUAGCUGCGGCCCGGGCCCCUGCGUCUUCUGGCCGAGCCGCCGCUGCUGCGCUGGCAGCGGGGCCGCAGCCGCCGGGCCGUGGGCGCCGGUGAGGCCGGGAGGCGAGCGGGGUCUGGCGGGCGAGGGCGGGCGUCGUCUCCGCUGCCGGCGUCCCCGCGGCCGCCGCUGGCUAUGAUCGACUCGGUGAAGCUGCGCCGCGACAGCGCGGCCGACUUCUUCUCGCACUACGAGUACCUGUGCGCGCUGCAGGACUCGGUGCCGCUGCCCGCCGUGCGCGCCUGCCUGCGCGAGGGCGUGCUGGACUUUAACGCCGACCGCCUCCGCGCGGUGGACUGGCCGCCGCUGCUGAGCACCCUCAAGAUCAACAGAGAUCUGCCGCUGAUCUCCAUCAGGAGCUCCUUCCAGCCUUGGCUGGGCGAAACAGGUUCUGACAGAAAUAAAGUUUGCAGAAGUCGUGUUCCUGCAAUAAGAAACAAAGACGUGACCUUCCAGUUAUGUAAAGCUCUGAAAUGCUGUUUAAGUGCCUCGGGUGCUCUAAAGAACCUGGAGCUGAAUGGGCUAGUUCUGAGAGAGAGAGAUUUAACUAUGUUAACAAAGGGAUUGAAUAAAUCAGCUACUUUGGUGAACCUGUCUCUUGCAAAUUGUCCAAUUGGAGAUGGCGGUUUAGAAAUUAUUUGUCAAGGUAUAAAGAACUCUAUCACUCUUAAGACAGUAAACUUCACGGGGUGUAAUCUGACAUGGCAGGGAGCAGAUCACAUGGCCAAGAUCUUAAAGUAUCAGACCAUGAGGAGGCAUGAAGAAACCUGGGCUGAGAGUCUUCGUUAUCGGAGACCUGAUCUUGACUGUAUGGCUGGCUUGAGGCGCAUCACUUUUAAUUGCAACACUCUCAUUGGGGACCUCGGUGCGAGUGCUCUUGCAGAAUCUCUUAGUGAGGAUUUAUGGCUUAGAGCACUUGACCUGCAGCAGUGUGGCCUCACCAACGAAGGAGCAAAAGCUUUACUAAAGGCUCUUGAAACCAAUAGGACUCUGGUUGUUCUGGAUAUAAGAAAAAAUCCACUUGUUGAUCAUUCUGUGAUGAAAGCAGUUAUCAAAAAAGUUCUCCAGAAUGGAAGGAGUGCCAAGUCAGAGUACCAGUGGAUAACGUCUCCGUCAGUGAAGGAACCAUUCAGAACUGCUAGACAGAAAAAGAGAACUAUAAUUCUGGGCAGUGGUCGAAAAGGAAAAGCUACUAUUAGAAUUGGAUUGGCUACAAAGAAACCUGUAAGUAAUGGAAGAAAACACUCCCUUGGUAAAGAAUAUGCUCCUGAGCCUCUCCCGCCUGGCGUGUCUGGUUUCCUGCCAUGGCGUACUGCAGAACGUGCGAGAAGGAACAGGGAUUUUCCAUUAAUCAAAACUCGUGAUGUAUAUAAUCACUUGCAGCAAUCAGAGUUUCCUGUGACUGUUACAGUAGAGAGUCCUUCCUCCUCAGAAAUCGAAGAGGUCGAUGAUUCUUCAGAAAGUGUUCAAGAAGAGCCUGAGAAAACUAGCUUAAAACAAGAAGCAUUACAGGGAAAACUGGAGGAGUGCCUAAAGCAGUUAAAGGAGGAAAGAGUCAUAAGGCUUAAGGCUGACAGACGAGUCAGUGAGCUGGAACGUGAAAAUGCCCAGUUAAGAAAUAUAAAUUUCUCUUUGUCUGAAGCCCUACAUGCACAGUCAUUGACAAGCAUGAUCCUGGAUGAUGAAGGUGUUUUGGGCAGCAUUGAGAAUUCUUUUCAGAAGUUCCAUGCUUUCUUGGAUCUCCUUAAAGAUGCUGGGCUUGGGCAGCUUGCCACAAUGGCUGGUAUAGAUCAGUCAGAUUUUCAUUUGCUGGGUCGUCCCCAGAUGAGUUCUACUGUUAGUAGUCCACCUAAAGAAGAGAAGGCACUUGAAGAAGAAAAACCAGAAUCAAAGCAGAACGCCCUAGGACAAAUGCCAAAUAUCCAAGUUUCUAUUUGUAUGCAGUCAGCUUACAAUGAAGGAACACUAAUGAAGUUUCAGAAAAUUACAGGGGAUGCAAGAAUUCCUUUGCCUCUUGAGUCCUUCCAGAUCCCAGUUCCCGCUGAGGAGGCCUUAGGGACUUCCAAAGACAAGGGAGUCCCAGACACGGAGCAGCGGCGGGAGUCUUUGGAAGAAUUCAUUGCUAGAACGUGUUCUCCUUUAGCAGAUGUAAUCUCUGGAGCUGAAAGUCGAAGAAAAGAAGAGGAAUUGUCUAGAAAUAGCAGAUCUUCUUCAGAGAAAAUGACGAAAACAGAAUCCCAUUGAAAUCACUGGAGAAAAAUUAAAACAAAAAUAAAUUAAUGACAGAGUUGGAAAACCAGAAAAUGAACAUUGUGAAAUUUUUAGAAGAUAAAAAGCAGAUUAUUGAAGGAUCAGUUAAUUAAAGAGUGGAACAGCUAAGCAAUUCCACUCAUCUUUGAAGCACCUAAUUCUGGAGUAUGCCGCCAGGCUAAGUAAGGCUAAGAAAGCAGCUCUCUGAAGUGGGAGUUGUGACACAAGAAACAGGGAUUGGCAGAGAAGAGCAUUAUCUAAAAUGACUACAAGGAGGAACUGAAGUAAGCUGCCCACCCUCUGGCUGUGGUGACCUUCCACUCCCUUUAUAAUCACCAGAAGUGCCUAUAAUCAGAAUUUACGUUUACUGAAAGUGAACCAGAAUUCUCAGUUGGCUGAGGAAAAGCACUUCAAACUUUAGUCUUAGGCCCUCAUCUGUAAAUAUGCAUGGAAUCUUCAAAUUUAAAAAAAACUAGUAACAUAAAAGGAGACACCAAAUUAACCUGUUCAAGAAAGUAGUUACUAGAAGAAACAGAAGAAAUUUAAAAACUAAUACAGAGAUUCAUAAGGCUAUUGCAUGCAUAAAGAGUAGGAUGCUAGGAAAGAGAAAUAUUUAGUUUCUGGAAAUUAAAAAUAAUCAUUUUGAAAAUAGAACACUCAGAAGGUGGACUAGAUAGAACGGAUUCAGUUGAAGCUUAAUUUUGUGAAAUGGAAGAUGUGAUUGAGAGAUUCCCUUAACAUGCACUGAAAAGGAAUGGAAGAUGAAAGUUGUGAAAGAAAAGUGAAAAUCCUAGGAGAACAGUAAUUGGCAUAUAGUAAGUGCACAAAGACUUGUUGAGUUAAUGAGACAACACAGACAGCAGUAUUAGCCUUAUCAGCAAUGAGAAGAAUCUUUCUCUAAGAAUUAACUACAAACUAAACAGCGAAUCCAAGAAAGAAGAUUUUAAAUGAAACUGACGAUGCCAUGUGACCUGCCAUUCCACUUUAUAAUCACCAGAGAUGACCUAUAAUCAGAAGUCUAAAUAAAUAAUAAUGCGUGUGUGAAAAUAAAGUGAACUAAAAUUCUACAUUUUAGCAUGAAUGGAGGCAGGGCAGGAUAAAGAAAGUGAAAGUAUGUUCUGGAUCUUGUUUUAUUCAAGGGAAGGAUGUAGUGUUUAGCCGUAGGUGUUGAUAGGAAAGCAUAUUACAAUAUAUUUAAAGUUAAAGGUCUGUCAGUAAGGAUGGGUUAGAUAAUGCUUCGGUAGCAAGCCCAAAUUCUUAGUGACUUAACACAACAUCUGUUUAUUUGUGCUCAUAAUGCAUGCCUUUCAGAUUGGCUAGGACCCCUUCUCCAUAUCGCCCUCAACCGGAGAGUCAGCCAGCAAAGCACUAUUUGGAGUAUGGCUGGUUGCAACACCCAAGGAAAGAGAGAGUGGUGCAGCAUACGCUGACUUAAAGCCUCUGCCUACAUGUAACACGUCUCUUCUCACAUCUCAUUGACCAAAGAAAGUCACAUGGUCAUGCCUGAGUUCAACAGAGCAAGGAAGUGCAGACUUACUGUGCCCAGGCAAGAAGAGAGAGCAAAUAGACAUCAACAACUUUAGUGGCUGCCAAACUACUAGGAAAGGGGGGGAUGGAAUUUAAAAUUUAAGAAAAUUCAGGAAAGAAGAAAGAAAGCUACGUAGGGAAAAAACCCCACAAGGUAGCAAUACCAAAUGUUUUCCUCACAAUAAAUGUAAGUUAAAUGCUGGAAUUCCUUAGGCUUGACUAAAAAUAGAAAAUCCAACCAUACACUCUUUGGAAAACCAAUCUAAAAAACUAAUGGAUUAUAAAGAAAAGUAUAUCCGGCUGAUCCUAACAAAAGUGUAUGUGGCCGUGUUAACUUUAGACUAAGUAGCAUAAAUGGAACUCAAGAUGAAAACCAUAAAAUGGGAUAAAGAAAAAACAUUCCUUUUUGGCUAAGAAAAUGUGUAGUUUUGGGACUGGCCCCAUGGCAUAGUGGUUAAGUUUGGGGCUCUCUGCUUUGGCAGCCCAGGUUCACGGGUUCCAAUUCCAGGCACAGACCUACACCAUUCAUCAGCCAUGCUGAGGCAGCA